AUGAUCGAGCCUAAGGAAAACGAAAACAGCUUAGAAAAGCUCCCCGACGAGUUGCGACUCCAGAUCCUCGCCGAAGCCCUCAAGUUCCCCAAUGGCAUUUACUCUGAGCGUUGGCCGUCUCUGCUGGCCGGCAGGGUCGAUCGAUUUCUCAGAGUGAAUCAAUUACGGAACCUGACCCCCGAAGCACUGUACAAGCACAACUUGCUCGUCAUUCGACCCCAUGCCAACCACCUCAUGAUCAGGUAUCCCAGGCUAGUAGUCAACAAACACGUCCGCGACAUGCACUUCAUUCCAUGCCUCAUAGACGACCGGGCCAUAGUUGGCAAGCGAUGGGUUCCUGCUCAGGCUAGAUGGCUUCGGAAUCUUGCGUUCGGCACUCUAUGGUUCCAUAAUUUGAGGCGCUUUACCAUUGUGAUCGCAAGGCCAGCGGAUGGUAUACGAGAGAACUGUUGGUAUGCAAUCGAAGCCUUCCAGCGUGCGCUUGGUGGUGAGACGUUAAGGUUUCAAUGUGCCGAGCUCGAGAUUGUGGUUGAUGGGCAUAUUUGCUCUCCACAGUGUAAUCGCCAUCGGCAGGAAUGCAAUACCUGGAGUGCGCUCAAUGAGAAGCUAACCAACUAG